AUGCUUCGAAACGUUUCCCGACUCGCUCUGCGAUCCAACUUUGCCCGACAGGCCACCAUGGGCCAGCGAUUCUACUCGGUCGCUCGACCCGAUGCCGAGAAGCGAAUUGCUGCUGUUCUCGAGUCUUUUGACAAGAUCUCCAACCCCGCUGCCAUCACCCCCACCGCUUCCUUCGCCAAGGACCUCAACCUCGACAGCUUAGACACCGUCGAGGUUGUUGUUGCCAUCGAGGAGGAGUUCGGCAUCGAGAUCCCCGACAAGGAGGCUGACGAGAUCAAGUCUGUCAACCAGGCCGUCGAGUACAUUCUCGCCCAGCCCGAUGCUAAAUAA